CUGACGUGCUUUGUUUAUGUAACCUCUUAUUGUAGGUAUUUCCUAUGGCUGAAAGUUCAUCAAGUUUCAGACUACCCAGUUUUUGUAGGCACAUGAAUAAAGCAGACGAAUUUAUUAUGUGUAUUCCAGAUGACGCUGCGUGCACACUAUGGGGUGAAUAUAAAUGUCCUACGAAUGUUGAUAUAAUCACAGAAGAUGGCCGACAAUUUAAUGUUGGAAUAAGCGCCUCUAAAGGAAAGAUAUUCUUUUUUCAUGGUUGGUCCAAAGUUGUAGACCAUUUACGACUAACCAUUGGGUGUUUGGUUCUAUUUAAUCCUAUAGAUUACGCUACGUUUAAGUUAACUUCUUUCCUUGAUGGGGUUAGUCAUACCACUUUUUGGACGUAUCUGCUCCCUCCAUCAUCUCAAUUUUAUGUAAGAUAACUUAUAGCUAUAUUUUUAUAAUUGUAUUGAUGUAGUAAUUUAAUUAUAUUAAAUUUACUGUUUGCUGAUUUGGUUUUAUCAUCCCCACAGGUCAUUCCAGAAUGUAUCCUGCCAAAACACUAUGAUUAUUCGUCAAAUGAUGUAAUAGCUACUGUUAUUACAGACAACAACACGUUUAACGUUCUAAUUAAAACAUUUGACGGAAAAGUAGGUUUUUCUGCUGGUAUUGACGUAAUUGUUAGUCUAUUACGGUUGAAUGAUGGUUGUUUUAUGUUUUUUACAAAAUCUUUUGGGAAUUUUUUCCAUUUAAAAGUUUUUGGGAAAAACGGGGUUGAAAUGAAAUAUUCAGACGUAGAUGUCGAUGAGGUAAGUGUCAUAUUUGACCAUAAUUAUACACUUUUUACAAUUUAAUUUAAUUGAUGUUAUGCAUUUAAUUUUCAGGCUGAGGUUGCACCU